GAGAGGUGCCUCCUUAACUGUUUGCCUUGGCUGAGCCUUGGGGAUUAUUGAACCGUUCUAGUAAACUCAUUUUGAAUUUUGGGACUCAUUUUUUUUUUUCUUUCUGCCUCCCUCCCAUCCCCACUUGAGCUCACUAGAAAGGAGGCUUAGUGUGUUGGAGAUGUCAGCCUUGCUUUCGUGAGCUGAUGGAUGCUCUGGAGGGACAAGCUCGGUUUGUCUAAGGGAAAUGUACCGAGUCCCUGAAAAUGUGGCGGCGGUGCCUGGGCAGGCCUCGUUUGUGCGGCCCUGAGACGCUCAGGGGCUGGGACAGGGAAGAGUUACAUUUUAGAAGCUUUUCUUUUUUCACUUUCUUAAAGAGCCUUAUUCACCUUGGAGGGAGAAGUUUUCAUUCUAUCUGAGUUCCUCUAACUGGAGGUUUUCCACAUUUCCUCUGGAGUUCCCGGUUUUUUAAAUAGUUACAAAAGCAGCCCAGUCUUAGAAUCUCAAAUGAGAGGAGUCAAACAGUUGCACUAAUAAUUUUGAUCUCUUUAGCUGAAAAGAAGGUGGAAGUUGGGGAAGCAAGGAUUAACCCAUUUUUAAAGUGAAUUCUUAGGGUCCAUCUGUAGAAUGAUUCGAGACGCACAAGAAGAGAACGCGGUGGCCUUAGUCUUUCAGGUGGAAGAGCGUGCGACAUGGGGAAGAAAACCAAGCGGACGGCCGACAGCUCUUCUUCGGAGGAUGAGGAGGAGUACGUGGUGGAGAAGGUGCUAGAUCGGCGCGUGGUGAAGGGGCAGGUGGAGUACCUCCUGAAGUGGAAAGGCUUUUCCGAGGAGCAUAAUACUUGGGAACCUGAGAAAAACUUGGAUUGCCCUGAGCUAAUUUCUGAGUUUAUGAAAAAGUACAAGAAGAUGAAGGAGGGUGAGAACAACAAACCCAGGGAGAAGUCAGAAAGCACCAAGAGGAAAUCCAAUUUCUCCAACAGCGCUGAUGAUAUCAAGUCCAAAAAAAAGAGAGAGCAGAGCAAUGACAUCGCCCGGGGCUUUGAGAGAGGACUGGAGCCAGAAAAGAUCAUUGGAGCGACAGAUUCCUGUGGCGAUUUAAUGUUCCUAAUGAAAUGGAAGGACACAGAUGAAGCCGACUUGGUUCUUGCAAAAGAAGCCAACGUGAAAUGUCCACAGAUUGUGAUAGCAUUUUAUGAAGAGAGACUGACGUGGCACGCGUAUCCCGAGGACGCGGAAAACAAAGAGAAAGAAACAGCAAAGAGCUAAAGGAGGGGUGGGCUCUGUCUUUCUCUUUGUACAUAAUACAUUCACCUCCCUUGCCUCCUCUUCCUUCUGCCCACCCCCUUCUCUCCUAAACACAUCCAUAAAAAAUGUGCUUCUCACUGUGCCCCACAGGGGGAAUGUUGGUAUUGGUUCUCUGGUAGCCUAACUGAUGGUCUGACUCAACGCGCAGUGUCUCCGUGCAGACCAGGCAUUUACAUACUGUGUGUAACUCCCACGAUGGUUUCCUUUGCCCUGAUCUCCUCCUCCUGCUCCCCUGUGACCUCAAGAGGAGUUUUAACUUUUUAAUCACCUUCGAGUCCUGAUCUUUCCAGGGUUGGUCACUUUUUAAGAUUGGGGGAUUUUGUUACAAUGAUGAGUAAUUUUGAUGUCCUGCUUUGGUCCUCAGAACGUGUUGAUGACCAGCUGACCGUUGUUCUGACAUACGGGGAUGGAAAGGAUGUUGCCCGUCUUUUAAAAAGCCAGUGGCAACUGCCACCUGUUGGCUUUCCCAGCCUAGUCCAGCUCCCCCCACGAGAAUACAGGGUUCUUGUGGCCUUCUGGGCCAGCCUCUGUUCGUCCUCACCCAUCCUCCCAGAAUAACUCCGUCCCCGGGAGAACCACGGUCUGCAUUGAACUUUGUCAAGCCCCUCCUUUUGGCCCCAGGACCUUUGGCCUUGUUCUUAGCAAUCCCUAAGGCUCCUUCUGCAAGGUGGCGUCAGUUUGUCAUAAAAUGGCAAGAUGGUUAGCUGUGCACGUUGUUAGCUGUAGUCCACGAGGACGACGUGGUGGGGGUAGGAUGCGAUUGUCUUUCCGAUCACACGUGGUAUGUUUGUAUGAUUUCCUUCCAUCCCUCGUGUUUAGAUUAUGUAUUUAUGUAGGUGUGAGUGAUUGCCUGGUGCUUGCUUGUGCCAAGGUGCUAGGCACCCUCCAACCCUGCCAACUUUCGUGGCCUCCCAAAGCAUUCCUGUUACCAAAGAGGCUUCAAACCUGAGUCACUUCUCAGCGGAUCUAAGCUUCCCACCCCUGCCCCCCAUGCCGUUAUUUUCAGUGGAGAAUUCUUGGAGGGGACCCAUUGGCCACGGUAUCUAUUUGAAACGUUCACAACGGUUACAGCUUCCUGCUUCUUAGCUCCUAGAUUGCCACCGAGAACCCCCGAAGUGUUGGUAUUCUUCCCCUUCUCCCCUCCAAGUUCUAGGUCUGUCUGAUUUUUAAGAAUGUGUUUUCCAUGGAAGACUAUGACCCUAGGAAGUGACAGGCCCCCUGGCAUUAGCGGUUUUGACACAGCCUCUCUCUCUGGGCAACACAGUCUUUCCUUUUUGGUUUCUUCCUGCUUUGUUAUGUUGAAAGUUUGUUUUUUUGUUUUUUUGUUUUUUUUUUUUCCCUGAUCAUAUCCUUCUUCCUUUGUACCCCCAAGAAAUGCUCUCCUUCUCUCCUUUUCCUUCUUGUAGUUGGGGGAGCCUGGAGAAUCAGGACUCAAAGUAAGGGAAUAGCAGGGUUUUGAGCAUCUUCAUCCCGGCCCCAAAGCUGAGGAAAUAAGAAUAAAUGCUUGAAAUGGCCUUAAUUUUAGAGUUCACCAGCCGCUGAGGCUGUUUUUUUGUUGUUGCUUUUGAUUUUUGAAACAUAUAGCUGUCUGGCCAGGAGCAUUCAGCCGCUUCUAGAUUGUUCCUAGUGAUGAAGGGAACGGAUGGAUUACUUCAGUCCAAAUAAUAUGCAAAUCAUAUCCCCAUUCAUCGCAUUUGUUAGCGUUGCCUCCCUGCUCAGCUGCUGAUUGGAUUUUGUGUGCUCGUAUAAGCUAUGUCAAAAAUUAUACUGCACAGUGAGAAGACAGCUGUUGCUGCGGUGAUGUGACAGACUGGGACGAUGAAGCUUUCGGUUUAAGUCAGCUGAGAAAACCCUCCUGAAUGGUAAUGUGAUGGGGUGAGAGCCCGUGCCCCGUACCUCAAGUGGGCGGGAGUUUUUAAUCUCCGUACUCCUUGCUCUCUGAAGGAAUUAAAGGCCUAGAUCAAGUGCUGGGUAAUGGCCAGUUGCAUGUACGUAACCUGAUGGGCAUCUAGAAGAAAGCAAGGUGGCCAGAAAACAGAUUGGUCCCAGGAGUAUUCAAGGACAGCAAUUAGGGUGGACAGGAAAAGGACAAAGGCAGGCUGGAGCUCAUGGAUGUGGCUUUCUUCAUUUGCGGCUAGAGAAAAUGACAGUGCCCCCCCCCCCCCGGUAGCCAGUGGGCAUAAAAGCUGCAGAGAUCUUAUUUUUAAAGCCAAAAAUCUUAGCACGUGGUCAAAGAUCUUGGAAGUAUUGGUACAGGCACAUUGGUUGGCCCUGAGAAGCGUGGAACGCAGAGUCUCCAUGGUUAGAAGUGUCAUUAAAGACGUUCAACAAAAUCUGAUUAUCUUUUACCAAGAUAGCCCCAGUAGUCCCUUCGUUUCUCUUCAUCCCACCUUUUUCUGCCCUCAGUGUAUUAAAUGAUGACCCGAGUGCCACCCACACAAGCUUUGUUGUCCCCUGCCUACCCGCAGCUGAUUCGUCAGGAACACAGGAAGCCAGAGGCUGAUACUAAAUCCAGCCUUCAGCACACAGGAGACCAGAUGCGUGCGGGAGCCUCCGUCAGCACUGCAGAGCUGGCCUUACCCUGCGAGAACUGCCUCUCUGCGGAGCUGGUGGCUGCAGGUGGACCGCUCUUUCAGUGCCUAGGGUCUCCAGUCCUCAAGAGACUUCUCCUGUGGUAGGCCUCUUUCACAGCGUCUUUCUAAAAACCCUGCUCUGCAUUAGCGGUCUCUCUUCCCAGUAGAGUCCCCCUGGGACAGAAGCACCCGUUCUGAAACUGGGGGCAGCUGUGUUUUCUCCUUUUGCAAACUGCAGUCCAAUUUUGGGCCACUCUAGGAGCCUCGGGACGUGUGCUCCUCCUGCCGUCAGGAGUCUGGAUGGUCUUGGCAGUCCCCGAGGCAGAGCUGCACGAUGCUGCCUGUUGUCCAUCGAGGUUGCUGCUGUCGCCACAGCUCAGGCCGUUACUCUGCCUUUGCCACUGGGCAGAGUUUGGAAGAUUUUUAUCUGAAGCUUUUGCUGGCUCUCUGGGCCUAGCUCACUCCAGAGAUGCUGGGAAGUCAAAGGAAUCUGUGUUUGGCCCAGGGAGCAGUUGUGUCUGCCUGCCCUUAGGGUUCAAAUUCAAGGGCUUCUAAGACUGUUUUGCAAUGGCACGAGUGCCUCAUUUGAAAUGAGGAAACUUACAAAUGAGGUUAAAGAGGAAGUUCAUUUGGGUCUGUGACCCCAUGCAGCCUUCUGGCUUAGAUGUCUAGAGUGAAAGCCAGUCCCGAGGUCCCUGCUGUCGUAACCAGCCCAGCACGUGUGCCUGUGGCAAGGAAAGGCCUGAGUCAGUGUGUGCAGCUUCGUGAUGGCUUCACUACUGACCAUAACAUUUGUUCUCUUUUUUUAAAAAAAAAAGUGGCUUGCAAAAAUGAGAAAUGUUACCAGCCUUAUAGACAGAAGCAGGUGCCCUGAAUUGGGUGUUCUUUCUACCCAGUUUGUGUGGAGACGUUCGAAUCCUAGCCCUAUUCAUGUACAUCAGCAGUGGGGUUACUCAGCAAACAUUUGGGCAGGGGAUACAGAGUUCAAAAAGACCGUGGCUGCCUUCAGCAGAGUUUCUGUGCUGGUGCGGGGUGCACUGGCCAGCCAAAUGCUGGCGUGAAUGCUGCACGUGGGUGCGUGGACCCACGUCUGUGGGGACGGAGACAGCCGGCUGCUGUGUGUGUGGCUUCUGGCCCUAGAGGAGAAGAGUGACAUUAAUUGGUGGCUACUCAGAAGAGACCUGUGACCUUGGAUGAAAGCCAGCUGGCCAUAGAAACAACAAGACUCGUUAUAUUCCAGAAAAUAAAUAUAGCUGAGGAUUAGUUAGAAAUGCCAUUACUACUGGGAGAGAACCACCGAGCAGGAGUUAACAGCCCGUGUCCCUGGUGCGGACUCUGCCGAAGUGCUGAGCGGUGGAGUUGGUCAUGGCUUAGGGCAAGUGCGAACCAUGCUGUGGGUCGGCUCUGGACACGGCGGGUUCUGCAGCGGCAUUUGUGCCCUGUAGACAUUCCAUCAGAGGCGCUCGCCCCUUCUGGAGACGUGAGCGUGAGGCUGACUAGAAGUCUGAAACGGGCGUGCUUUGCUGUGCGUGACCAGAAUCGCCCUAGAAGACUGCCUGGACCCCCGUGUUGACGCCCCAUUCGUCUCCCUGUGGCCAGUGCAGUUUUGUUCAGUGUUGCAGGAGUGUGGUUUCUAAGCAGGGACUUGGGUCCGUUGCGUAGGAACCUCUCCCCGAAAUACUCAUCCCCCUGCGGUCUCCGGUGUCCCCAGUCUCCCGCGGUCUGGGGAGGAGUCUCCUGGUGAGGAAGUACGUGGGGGUCAGUCAGGAAGGUUCCCGGUCCCCGCCCCCAUGACCACACACAGGUGGGGGGUCUGUGCCCGGGUGACAAAGCUGACCAGGUUUUGGGUGGCAGGGCCCCAGGAGUGAGAGUACCUGUUCUGGAAGGUUACUGAAGCGCGGAGUUCUUUGGCAAGCUUCGUAAAAGCAGUUCUGCUUCCUUUUUUGCUUGCGCUGACUUCUUUGAAUUUGAAUCUACCUCAUCCCCUCAGAGUUCCUUCUGCCUCAGCAGCACGUUCGACUUGGCUGUCUAGGACGGAAGUGUUGCUAUUCGUGGCUCGCGCGUUUUCUCGCCUUUUCAUCCGAAUCCUUAUUCUGCCCACCAUCAUCUCAUGUUGCUCCUCUGUCAGAAAAAGAUUUUCACCUGGCUACAUCUCUUACGGGAAGCAAGUGAACCUCCAGUGCUCUCGUCUCUAAGGUCAGUAAGAGAAGGAGUUAAAGCAAGGUGGUGGGGGAGGAGCAGACCCUGCGCUGGACGCAAAAGCUGACAAGGAAAGAGCCAUUAAUUAAGACCAUUUCAAAGUCAACUCAUUGUGAUCAUUAAUGUCACAAUAGAUCAAAACCUAAUUAUCACAGCCUAGGUAAGCGCCAUCAGUAUUAAUCGGAAAAUCUAAUAGGAAACUAUUAUCAGGAAAUUAGGCCAAAUGGAAUGCAAUGAACUUUUUAUCUUGUCGCUCUCUGUUUUGUGUGAUGUCCCCUGGCAUUGGCAGCUGUGACCCUUAGCAGUUGCUCCAAGCCGGAGUGGCCAGUUUGCUAGACCUUUAAGGAAUUGUUCUUUUUGAGGAAUUCUUAUGGGAAUUUCUGAACUGUCACUGCUGAAGUAUCAGUCCUGAGCUUGCCCAGCGCCUGGAUUAGCCUAGCAUGGUCAGCAGCCAGUGAGGAAAAGUUGCUACUCAGAUCUGGAGUGACACCUGCCACUCUAUAGAGUGUGCCUGGUGAGCAUGACACUGUGUCUGACGAUCAGUCAUUCCUUGAGCACUGGCGACCAGGAGGGGGGAAGAGAGAGGGAAGGGGCUUCCUGCUUGGAAAUUCUCGAAGAACAAGUUUCAUUGUGUUACAGCGCUUAAGGCUUAAGUCAGUGUUUCCCAGCUUUUUGUAGCUUUAAGAUUUGAUUCUAACCCAGAGCUGGCUGUUGAUGUGGUACCUCUCUGUGGCCCCCUAGUUUUAGGAUAAGGGGCAGAAUCCAGAGUAAUCUGGGUUGGGGUAGCACAGGAGGAGGGGGAUGAUACUGGGUUUUGUUUUUACCUUUCUCUUAUUAAAAAAAAAAAAAAAAGUUCUGGCAGGGGGAAAGAAUGUUCUAAGAGUCUCUAUGAUGAGUUACAGAGGAACACUUCAUCCCUUCUCCCCAAGUGGGAAAGCAGGGGUUGCCAGUUUCUGCGCUUGAUCUUGAGCUGUUUGUGAAGAUGUUGGCACUCUGCGGGGUGGAGAGAUGCAGCGGGGCUGGGAUGGGGGAUUUGGUGGCACUGGGAUUCCUGCACUGCCAAGGCCGCUGCCGGGAAAUGGUCUGACUGUUCCGCAUCGGUGUGGCCUCGCUGCUUUCUGGAUUUUAGGAAUUGGGUUCCGCAGUACAGAACUUUGAGAAAUCAGUGUGUCGCAGUCCUUUACCUGUUAGCGUAAAGCAAGCGUUUCUGUACAGAAGACCUUGCUUUCCAUGUUCCAGAGGCAGCUCCAUCUUCCAAGCAUCUGUGGAUGCCUGCCUGAGAAGCAGUUUGUUUCUCCAAGGUUCCUCCCAUGCUCCUAGCAAAUCCCAGGCCCUCAGGUAACCCUUGUGCGUGCCGUUUGCUGACCCCAUGAGGUCUGCCUGCUGGCUUCCUUUUGCUUCCAAGUGCACUCUGGGAAGUCAGAUGCCCUAGGACCUGGGUUAGGAAUUCAGUGGAAGCUGCCUCGCUGUGUGCCAACCUCCUCAACUGACCCUGAUGGCUGACCUUGGGCAAGUCACUCCUUUCAAUGCCUCAGUUCCCCAUCUGUCAAAUGGGGGUAAUAAUACAGACCUACCUCACAGGGGUGUUGUGAGGCAUUGCAAAUCACAGUUGACAGAAUACUUGAGGGUCCUCUGAGGGGAACGCCGUGACUGAGCGUGAGCCCGCCAGUGGCUUCAGUCCCCACGGCGCCGCCUCCGUGACCCCAGCAAGUUCUCUGCCCCCCACCCCACAUCAAAGCUGCUAGUUCAGAUGUUGACAGUGUUUUGGGAAUGCUGGCGUCUCGAUGGUUCAGAUGCACUUAGGAUGGCAUGGGGGAGGGCGCUUGGUAUUUUUUAUGUCUUGUGUUCACCAAGAGGCAGUUUUAGACCCGCAAGCCUUGGACUAGGGAAGCAGGAGGCAGGCCACACCUGCUCCUUUCUGCAGGUUAGGAACUCGGGCUCCACUCCCCGGGCUGGGGGCUGGGGGCUGGAGCCAGCCCCAGCUGUCUUCAGGAGCAAAGCAGCCCUCCACGGUUUCGGUUCGCAUUGUCACUUGUCACUCCCUGCGCUGGUCCCGGCACAGCCGGGUCAUGGCUCCCCUUUGUGGUGUUUGGCUUCUCAUGGAAACCAGCUGGCCUACUAGCUGUAACCUCCUGAUCCCCCACCAGGAAUGAAGGCUGCCGCAUUUCUUUCGGUAAUGAGUGGAACACGCGGAAUUGGACAUUGGUCUUUAAAGCUUCCUCCCACACACUGAAUUCAGCAUCUGUCAUCUCUCUACAUGUCCACCGUCCACACCUGACCUUGACUCUCCCCCUCCUGGUUUGAGAAAACUUGCCACACUCUUUCUGUUUGCCCGGGUGUGGGCUCAAGAGCCUUACUCUUUCCAUCCCAGUUUAGGGGCUCAGCCACCUCCUCCUCCCCAUAGGGCUCUUGGUUCUGCCCCUCCCCUUGGCCCUAGAUCUGUAACCUGUGAAAAAGCACAAGGUCGUGGCCCCUGGCAGUCGCAUUCCCGUUCUCUGUGUGGACUCUUAGCACUGGCGAUGCCGGCUGGUUCAGUGGAGCCCUGGAGGUUGGAGAGAGCGGAGUCUGAUGGCUGCCAAGUGGCCAGGAGGUGACUCGGCCGGCCGGCCUGGCCCCGGCCUCUCUCCAACUUCCUGCAGGCUGUGACCCGCGACCCCCGGCACAGGCUUGCCCUGCAGUGCUCAGCGCCACCCCGGGGUCGCGGGGUCUCACUCUAGCCAGGUUCCUGAAUGGAAAUGGGAAAUUCUCUAUGGACUUUUUGGUUUGUGGGGGAGUUUCGGUUGUGUUUUUUUGUUUUUGCUUUUAUUUCAGCCAAACAAGUCUGCUUUUAUUUUUUUUAAAGGAUAAGUGAUCUAUGUAUAUGUUCGCCUUUUAAAUGUAAAUGUUUAAAAGUAGGCAUUUAUGUGUUUCCAGAACUGACUUCCGACACAAACCUCAUUCUCUCCCCCUCUUCCACCCUCCUCUUUUCCCUCUUUUCAUACUCUUGUAUUGGUUCUAAUAAAUGGUUGCUUUUCAAA